AUGUUGCAUCCGCCCGCAGAAUCCAACCUGCUGUUCAUAGCAGGGUCAGAGCCUUUGCCACCGCUGAAGACGGUGAGCAAGGAUCACGACCCCAUCGUGAUGGGCCCGGUCAAAGCAAGACCAGAAGGCUUCACCACCUGGGACAAGGUAGAAUGCAAGCUGGGGGACGUGACUCUGAAAGAGUUCCUCGAUUGGCUGACAGCAGAGGUCAGCAUCGAGGUCAUGAUCAUGUCUUCUGGCAACGCCUGCCUGUACAAUUCGUACAUCCCCGCGCAUAAGAAGCGGCUGCAGGAGAAGAUAACGACGCUUUGGGAGACGAUCACGAAGCAGAAGCUGUCACAGAAGAAGACCUACCUGACCUUGGAGGUCUCAGCAUCAGACCUGGACGACGGCGUUGACGUUGUCAUCCCCACCGUCAAAUUCCAGUUCAGGCUCCACGUCCAAGUCGAGGGCUGCAUGUUCCCAGACCAUACAGAAUGGAGGCACUUUGCCGAAUUCGCGCCUCCGGCCGAUCUUGCGGGAGUGCCCGUGGGCCAAGAAGACCUCGUCACUGCGCUGGAGGACCGUGCGAGGGCGCGCCACAGGCACAGUGGAAGCCUCAUGUCCCAGUUCAUGAGGUCAUUCGCUCAGAACAUGAAGUACGCCGUUCUUCAAGACAGCAAGGGCGACAUGCCAGAGGAGGAAAGGCAGCGGCAGAUGCGAGCCAUUGAGGCUGCAAAGGCUCAGCAAGAGCAGCGAGGAGGGUCGGGCUGGAGCGAGAGCCCCCGAGAGCCGACUCACGACUUGCCUCAUCUUCAACGCUGGCCCAGGAGGCAACCGGCGGCCCUGCAGGAGGCUAGUUGGCGCAGCUUCAGAUCUUAUCUUGAAGGGAUUCAGCGUCGCCGACUUCAGUUCUGA